AGCCGCGUGGCUGCUACCGAGGUCGUCGGUCCAAUAGCGACGCUGGUAUCCGACGCAUCCGCCAUGGACGGGUACGCAGCCUACUCCAAGGCCACCACUCUCGCAUCCCCGGAGAGACCUCUGCUCCUGAGAGUGUGCUGGGCGGUGGCCGCCGGCGAUGAGCCCACGGAGCUGGACGAAAGGACUUUUCAUGGCGCGGUCGAGCCGUGCCUGAAAAUCACGACCGGCGGCAUCUUCCCCAAAGUCCAGGGUGCGAUAUCCUGCUGGAGAAGCGAAUCGUCAACAGGGUAGACGUCCUCGGCUCUUCGCACAUCGUGCCGUUAGCGUCUCCAUCGGGAGGGUUGACUUUGUGGCUUCCUCGCUCUGCGAUCUUGAGGCGAAGACUCACUUCCACGGCGUAGCCACGAAACCAUGACGUCCAGUCCUCUUUUCCCAGGUCCAUAGCCAGUCCCGCGACCUUCCGGUCUUUGGGCUGCCUAGGAACCCAGGUGCCACGGCAGCCUGCUUCUGGCUUCUUGUGCUUCCGUUCCUCAGGUCUUGGCAGCAUCAGACUGCCGAGACGCCCAUCAUGGCGAAG